AUGGAGUCGCUGGCGGCGGCCAGUCAGCUGGGGCCGGGGCGCGAGUCUGGCUCCUCCUCCUCGUCGUCGCCCCACUCCAAGCAGGAGCUGCAGCCCUACUCGGGAGCCGGCACGCUCAAGCCCAACCAGGUCGGGGAGACCUCCCUGUACGGGGUGCCCAUCGUCUCGCUGGUGAUCGACGGGCAGGAGCGGCUGUGCCUGGCGCAGAUCUCCAACACGCUGCUGAAGAACUACAGCUACAAUGAGAUCCACAACCGGCGGGUGGCGCUGGGCAUCACCUGCGUGCAGUGCACCCCCGUGCAGCUGGAGAUCCUGCGGCGGGCCGGCGCCAUGCCCAUCUCGUCGCGCCGCUGCGGCAUGAUCACCAAGCGCGAGGCCGAGCGGCUCUGCAAGUCCUUCCUGGGCGAGCACCGCCCGCCCAAGCUGCCCGAGAACUUCGCCUUCGACGUGGCGCACGAGUGCGCGUGGGGCUCGCGCGGCAGCUUCAUCCCGGCGCGCUACAACAGCUCGCGGGCCAAGUGCAUCAAGUGCAGCUACUGCAGCCUCUACUUCUCGCCCAACAAGUUCAUCUUCCACUCGCACCGCACCCCCGACGCCAAGUACACGCAGCCCGACGCCGCCAACUUCAACUCGUGGCGCCGCCACCUCAAGCUGAGCGACAAGGGCGCCGCCGACGACCUCAGCCACGCCUGGGAGGACGUCAAGGCCAUGUUCAACGGCGGCACCCGCAAGCGGACCUUCUCGCUGCACGGCGCCGGACACGGGGGCGCCUCCUCGGCCGCCGCCAAGGCCGCCCUCCACCCGCCGCCCCCCGCCGCCGCCGCCGCCGAGCUGGCCCCCGCCCACAAGAGCCUGCGCUGCGGCGGCCCCGACGAGCCCCCCGGCGAGCGCGGCGCGCUGGGCCUGCCCGCCGCCGCCCACGGGCCCGCCGCCGCCGCCGUGCGCAGCUACCCGGUCAUCCCGGUGCCCAGCAAGGGCUUCGGCAUGCUGCAGAAGCUGCCGCCGCCCCUCUUCCCGCCCCCCUACGGCUUCCCGGCCGCCGCCUUCGGCCUGUGCCCCAAGAAGCCGGACGACGGGCUGGGCGGCGGCGGCGAGGCGGGCAAGGGCGGCGGGCUGCCGCAGGGCAUGUUCUGGGGGCCGCCCCACCCCCACCCGCCCCAGCCGCAGCAGCAGCAGCCGGGGGCGGCGGGCAAGGAGGGCGGCGUCUACCCCGCCUUCCCCAUGUUCUGGCCGGCCUCGGGCAGCCUGCCCGUGCCGCCCUACCCUGCCCAGAGCCAGGCCAAGGCCGCCGCCACCGCCGUGGUAGUGGCCGCCGCCGCCGCCGCUGCCGCCGCCGCGGUGGAGCCGCUGGGGUUACGCGGCCACGGCCACGUGGAGCUGGAGGGCUCCGAGCCGUCGGGCAGCGAGCGCGGCAGCGCCACCCCGCAGGAGGGCUCCGGCUCCGGGGGCGCCGAGGGCGAGCGCUGCUCCAGCGCCCUCUCCAGGGCCGCCGCCGCCGCCGUCGGGGAGGAGGAGCGCUCGGGCGACGAGGCCCUGCUGCCGCCCCUGCCCCUGCCCCGCAAGGGCAGCUACCUCUCCGCCUUCCGCCCCGUGGUGAAGGACGCCGAGAGCAUCGCCAAGCUCUACGGGACCCGCGAGGUGUACGGCGGCGGGGGCCCGCGGGGCUGCGCCGGCUACCUCUCCCCCGACUUCCUCAGCGAGGGCAGCUCCAGCUACCGCUCCCUCUCCCCGGGCAACGACACGCUGGAGGAGCCCGAGGUCGACGUGGAGUCCAACCGCUUCCCGGAGGACGACGACGAGGAGGAGGAGGAGGCGGCGGCCGAGGAAGGCGAGGAGGGCGCCCUGCCGCCGCCGCCCCAGCCGCCGCCGCUCUUGCCCGCGCCCGAGGAGUCCCUGGCGGCGGAGAAGGCGGCGGAGAAGGCCCCGGAGCCCGACGGCAGCCCGCCGCGGAGCAGCAGCGCGGCCGCUUACGAGGUGUAUCCCCAAGAAAGAGACGACCAUUCUCAAGCUCUCAAAAGCAACACCCCUUUGGGCCCCCAGACAACCGUUUACCUCUGCCCUCCCGACAGGAACGAACCAGAUAAGGAAGACAAUCAGCCCGCAGCGGAGGAUUUGGAGAGCAAGAAAUCCUAUCAAGACCAAAGGAACGCCUCGCAGCCCAGCCCGGCCCACCCCGACCGAGGUGAGGAGGUGGUCGCGAUCGACGUCACCGGAACUCAGCUGGUGGAAAAAGACAUUGGGAAUCUGGCAAGAGAUGAGUUGCAAAAACUCCUCUUGGAGCAAAUGGAACUCAGGAAGAAACUGGAAAGAGAUUUUCAAAGUCUCAAAGAUAACUUUCAAGACCAGAUGAAGAGGGAGUUGGCUUACCGAGAGGAAAUGGUUCAACAGCUGCAGAUCGUGCGGGACACCCUGUGCAACGAGCUGGACCAGGAAAGAAAAGCUCGCUACGCCAUUCAACAGAAGUUAAAAGAGGCCCACGACGCGCUCCACCACUUCUCCUGCAAAAUGCUGACUCCCCGCCACUGCACCGGGAACUGCUCCUUCAAGCCCCCUUUGCUGCCCCAGUGA